UGCUCAAAAACAAAAAAAAAAACAAAAAGACAAGAAAAAAAUAAAGAGAAGAGAUCAUCAAAGGAGAAAGAUCAAAGAUGGUUUUUUCUUCAUUUCCUAGUUAUCCUGAUUCAUCAAACUGGCAACAACAACAUCAACCAAUCACAACCACCGUUGGAUUCACGGGAAACAACAACAUCAGCCAGCAAUUCCUCCCUCACCAUCCCCUCCCACCGCAACCGCAACCGCAACAAACCCCUCCACCGCUUCACAACAAUGGUAACGGUGGAGGAGGUGGUGGACCUGGAGGAUUAAUACGGCCAGGUUCGAUGGCUGAAAGGGCAAGGCUAGCCAACAUACCACUGCCGGAAACAGCCUUAAAAUGUCCAAGAUGUGACUCAACUAACACCAAAUUCUGCUACUUCAACAACUACAAUCUCACUCAACCUCGCCACUUUUGCAAAGGCUGCCGCCGUUACUGGACACGUGGCGGUGCUCUAAGGAGCGUUCCUGUUGGUGGUGGUUGCCGUAGAAACAAAAGAACCAAAAACAGCGGCGGUAGCAGCAGUAGCGGCAACAGUAAGUCUCAAGAUAGCACCACAAGCAACGACCAAUACCACCACCGAGCCAUGGCUAAUAAUCAAAUGGGACCACCUUCUUCGACUUCUCUGAGCUCGUUGCUAUCUUCUUACAACGCUGGAUUGAUCCCCGGACAUGAUCAUAACAACAAUAACAACAACAUACUUGAACUUGGAUCAUCUUUGUCUCCUCUCAAGCUCAUGCAUCCUUCAGACUUCACCGACAACUUCACCUUACAAUACGGCGCAGUUUCAGCUCCUUCUUAUCAUACAGGCGGUGGAAGCAGCGGCGGAAGCGGUGGUGGAGGAGCUUCGACUAUAUUGACCGGUUUGGACCAGUGGAGGUUCCCGGCAACACAUCACCAACUUCCUUUGCUAGGUGGUUUAGAAACUUCUUCAUCUUCCGGGUUAUACCCGUUUGAUCAUCAGAAUCCGGGUUAUGGAUUAGUCACUGGAUCGGGUCAGUACCGACCUAAGAACAUCUUCCAUAACCUUGUUUCCUCUUCUUCUUCUUCUGCUUCGUCAGCUAUGGUUACAGCCACAGCAUCGCAGUUAGCUUCAGUGAAAAUGGAAGAUAGUAACAAUCAACUCAACAUGUCUAGACAACUUUUUGGAAACGAACAAGAGCUUUGGAAUAUUCAUGGGACUGCAGCAUCAACCGCAGCCGCAACAACUAGUUCGUGGAGUGAUGUCUCUAAUAACUUCAGUUCUUCUUCUACUAGCAAUAUAUAAUCUUAAUCUAAUAUGUGUGAUGGCGAUACUAUUAUUAAUUUCUUAUUGGGCGUGUUAUGAUCUUAUGUACUUAGUUCGAAGUUAGUACAUCGAUCGAUCUUGUAGGUUUUCGUUUUUAAAAAAAAAAAUAUUAUAUUACAACUAGUUUUGGGGUUUUAAUUUGUUUUUGGUUUUUGGAUUCUCUUGGUUGUUUUUCAAGUUUAAAAUUAGGGCUUCUUCUAUUGCAUACUAUUUUAUUUUCUUCGAGUAGUCCGGUAUUCAAAUUAGU